AUAACCUCAUUCAUAGCUGCUUUCUGCCAACAGUGCUAUUCCACAGAGCCCUGCUCGCUGGGAUCUCAGGGAGUGUGCUGUGAAACGUCCUCCUUCCCCCUCACCAUCACUCCUGCACCAGUGUAUCCGAGAGCUCCCUCCCCCUUCCUGUCUCUCUCAGGGCUGUGUGCGGUUCAAACCCGCAGCGGGAGGUUGACGGAUGCUCACAGCCUGAGCUGGACUAACUGGGAUCUCCAGGAGGCUCUGGGCUGGAUGGAGAGGACCACUGCAGCUGCCUGGCGAACUGUGCCUGUGUCUGAGUGAGUGUCUGUGUGUGUAUCACUGUCUCUGUGUGUGUGAGUGUCACUGUGUGUCUGUGUCAGGCUCUGAAUUGUGAUUACAGCUGGGAAGUAGAGCUUUGAGCAAACGGGACCAUCCUAGGUUCCCUCUCGGGCAGAGCACCUGAACAUGGAUGAGCCCGUGUCCUAGGGUGAAACAAGAGCCAUUUCUGGGACUAUGCUGAUGUCCCAGGAUGAACGCAACCAUGGAAUUGGAUAAUUAUGAAAUGGUUCUGGAGACCACAGAUGGCUCUGCUUUGAACGAGGGCUGGUAUGUCUCAUAUCCAAUGAGCUUCCAGGUUUCCCUGACCAGCUUCCUCAUGCUGGAGAUUGUCCUGGGCUUUAGUAGCAACCUCACUGUGCUCAUUCUGUACUGCAUCCAGUCUAACCUGGUGGAUUCUGUCAGCAAUAUUGUUACCAUGAACCUCCACGUCCUGGACAUUAUCAUCUGCCUCGUGUGUGUCCCAUUUACCAUUGUCAUUGUUCUCAUUCCUCUGGAGAGAAACGUGGCUCUGAUCUGUUGCUUCCAUGAAGCCUGCGUCACCUUUACCAGUAUUGCCACCGCGGUUAAUGUCCUGGUGAUCAGCCUUGACAGAUACGACAUCUCAGUCAAACCAGCCAAUCGGGUCCUAACGCCCAGUCGGACUAUUCUCCUGCUGACCUCAGUCUGGGUUGUAUCGCUGAUGGUGUUCUUCGUUCCCUUUAUUGAAGUGGAAUUUUUUGGGGAUCCACUGCACAGUACGGCCUGGCAAAACCGAACACUGCUCUGUGUCAGUGCCAACGAGUACCAUAAGGAGCUGGGCAUGUAUUACCACCUCUUCAUCCAGAUCCCCUGCUUCUUUGUGGCUGUUGCCGUCAUGUUGGUCACCUACACCAGGAUCCUCCAGGCCCUGAACAUCCGCAUCGGAUCACACUUCACACGCAGUCAAAAACGCAAAAGUAAGAGGAGGAGGAAGAGGCCGGGCAGUAACCAGUAUGAGACAAAGAAGCUGACCUCAGCACCAGUCACUCCAAACCCCAUGCCGCUGGGUGUCCAGGCCUCUGUGUCAGUUAUUAUUGCCCUCCGUCGAGCUGUGAAACGCCACCGCGAUCGGCGUGAGCGGCAGAAACGAGUCUUCAGAAUGUCUCUGAUCAUCAUCUCCACCUUCCUCAUCUGCUGGGCCCCCAUUUCCAUUGUGAACCUUCUCAUUCUCUGCCUAGGGCCCAGUGAUUGGUUGGUGAAGCUCCGGAUCUGCUUCCUCGUCAUGGCUUACGGUUCCACGAUCUUCCAUCCGCUCCUCUACGCCUUCACCAGGCAGAAACUCCGGAAAGUUCUCAAAAACAAAAUGAAGAAGCGGGUGGUGUCAGUUCUGCAGGUAGACCCUGCCCCCAGUGGGACAAUCAUUCACAACUCCUGGGUCCACCCCAGAAAGACACGUAAACUGAAGCUGGAGUGCAGCGAUGCUACUGACCGCUGCCUAACAGAAGCGGCCAAAGACUGACUCGCUAUCACCCAUCACUUUGUAACAGACUUAGACUGUUCAGUAAAACAAAAUGCCAGACCAACUGUAAAAUGUAGAGGUGCAAUAAUUGCUUAACAAAUUGUUCAAUUGUCCAGAUACAUACAAAACAGAACAGACACACAGAAAGUGAGUGAAACCCACAAUGAGUAUAAUAAUGUCGUUUCAUACCGGUUGGCGGCAAUAGCCUGUGAAUAUGACAAACCUUUUAAAGCUAUUGUUUUUAAAAACAAAUCCCAUACUCAAAGACUGUGAGGCAAAUCUGUCAGGGACAAGAUUCCCAGCGCUCUGAACCCAGCUCUCUGUCAGGGACAAGAUUCCCAGAACUCUGAACCCAGCUCUCUGUCAAGGACAAGAUUCCCAGCGCUCUCUCGGGAGCAUCAUCUUAAGGUGAAAGGCGGGAGGUUUAGAGGGGAUUUGAGGAAAGCGGUUUUCACCCAGAGGGUGGCAGGGGACUGCAAUGCACUGUCUGGGUGGGGAACUGAGGCAGGAAACCUCACAAUGUUUAAAGGGUAAUUGGACGAGCGUUUGAAAUGUCAAAAAAUUUAAGGCUACGGGCCUAGUGCUGGAAAGUGGGACUGGGGUAUAGUUGGAGUUUAACAAAAAAAACCCAAAGAACUGCAGAGGCUGUAAAAUCUCAGCAGGUCUGGCAACAUCUGUGGAGAGAGCAACAGAGUUAGCAGAGAGCUGUUCCAAAGAAGGGUCGCUGGACCCAAAAUGUUAACUCUGCUUUCUGAGCUUUUCCUGCAAUUUCUGUUUUUGUUGUAGGCUUGGAGUUGUUUUUGUCAGUGCAGACUCGAAGGGCCAAAUGGCCUCUUCUGACCCAUAUAAUUCUGAAUUUACAGCACUCCAAGCCCAAAUUCAAACAGCAUCAAUGAUUGGCUGUUUCUCUCUUGUUUAUAUCAGCAAUUCAUAUUGGAGAACUUCAAAACUAAAUUCCUUCAUCUGAGAGGGUUAACUGAUGCUAGCUGUUUGACAUAAACAAGAGUAAGAAUUUUCUGGUUGAUAGUUGAACUAGGUGUAAGGGUAAACUCAAAGCCAGGUUCCAUAUUCUAUUUGAUUAGGGUCUGCCUGGGGAGCUCAGGCCUGUGAUUUGCACAUUGUGCUCCAUGCACCCCUUGGUCUGGAUGACUCUGUGCAGGAGAUGCCUGUGGCUGGAAUAACCCCCCUCCCCCCCAGCCCCAGGUUAUAGAGUGGGAGCAGUUAUUGGGGGAACCUCAGGGCAUUGACCAGGCUGAGGGUUUAAGGAUGGAGUCACCCUCCAGCUUAAGGACAUGUGGGUAGAGGGGCAAUGCCAGGCAGAAGAGGGCACCAGGCCAGUAGUGAGAGUAACAUUGAACACAUCUUUGUUACAAACUAUCUUGUGGCCUCGGAAAGAGAGUUGAUGAGACAUAUUAGUAAUCGAUUUCCGAAAUUCCAUCGAUCUUGAUUCCUGCUGAUUGGAAAUUUCAAAUGUCUCCCCACUUUUUAACAAAGGAGCGAGGAAAACCAGGAAGUACAGAUGUGACAGGAGGAAGGAAGAUAUUAGAAUCUAUAAUGGAGGGGGUGAUCCAUGGACAUUUGGAUAAAAUUACCUGAUUGGACACAGCAUAAAUUUUCAAAUGGAAAGCCUUAUUGUAAUUGGAUUUUCAGAUGGCUUUUUGAUAGAAAUCAUCACUGCAGACUGGUUAGAAAAGUUACAUUAUGGCAAAGGGGGGUAAUGUACAGACCAGGAUUAGUGAUUAGAUAACAUUCAGAAAGCAAAAUUGAAUAAAUGUGUCAUUCUCACAUUGGCAGACUGUGCUAGUGGGGUACUGCAAGGAUCAGCAUUAGGGUCCCAUCUGUUCACAAUAAUUUAUCAAUGAUGUGGACAUAGGGAACAAAGAGAAUAUUUCCAAGUAUGUGGAUGAUACAAAACUAAGUGAAGAAUGUGUGCUGUCAGGAAGAUGUAAAUAAGUUUCAGGAGGAUGUGGGCAGAUUUAAUGAAUGGCCAAGAACAUGGCAGAUGCAAUAAAAUGAGAGAAACUAUCGGCUGUUGAGGCUGGCAGCUGUACCUUCCUGGUACUCCUGGGUAUUCGGGUGUGGUACAGAGGAGAUUAGAAGAUGGAGAGGUGCUGUAAUAUUGAUCGAGGAUCAAUGCGAGGUGUGAGGAGGGAGGACAUUUUGCACAGAUCAUUGGGCAGGGCCUUAUGGGUAGAAGUGAAGCCACAAAGGGGCAAACAUGCUGUUGGGUGUGUACUACGGCAGCCGCCCCACCCCGAGUCAGGGAGAGAUACUGGAUACAUUUAUAACCACAUUUCAGAGACGUGCAAGAGUAACAAGGCAGUAAUAGAAAGGGAUCCAACUCUCCGAUAGUAAUUGGGAUAGUUUCAGUGGGAAAGGCAGGGAGGGAACAGCAUUGUCCCAUCAUUAAACAGGGGAGGAAGGGGUAGUCCAGGAAAUCCCAGACCAUUCAUUCUGGGGAAGUGAUGGGGAAGUUAUCAGACAGAAUUGAACAUUUGGAGAGAGCUGGAUUAAUCAGGGAGGGUCAGCGUGGGGUCAUUAUGAGAAGGCCGUGUUUGACGUAUUUGUUGAGGAGGUAAACAGGAGGGUUAAUGAGGGUAAUACAUCUGAUGUGUCUACAUGGGCUUUAGUGAGGCUUUUGAUAAGGUCCCUGGCAGCAAACUGGUGAAGAAAGUAUGAGCCAAUCGGAAGCAAGACAGAAUGGUACAUUGGAUCCUAAAUUGGCUGAGAGGCAGGAAGCAGAGGAUGAUGGGAUAGGGAGGUUCCAGUGACUGGGAAUCUGUUUCCUGUGGGGUUCCACAUGGCUUGGUGCUGGGGCCCUCGCUGUGUGUGGUGUAUAUUAAUGAUGUGGAAUUUAAUGUACGGCAUGGUGAAGAAAUUCACCAAUCAGGAGGAGGAUAUCCACAGCCUGGUCAGCUGGGCAGAGCAUGUAGUCAAUGGAAUUCAACCCAGAAACAGGUGAGGGAACAUAGAGGGUUAAAAAGAUAAAGGGUUAGACUGGGAGUGAUGGGAAUCUGAAACUCUGCCUAAAAGAGUGUUGGAGUCAGAAACUGCUCUAACAUUGAAACAGUUUUUAGAUAUUUGCUUCCAUAAUUAUUGUCUGCACAAUUAUGGGUCAGGAGCUGGAAAAUGGAACUAAUCUAGUCAGACCUUUGUUGACCAGCAUGUUCUCAAUGGGCUGUAAACAUCGGAGCCUGUAACACUCCACUCCCAACAAAGAUAACAUCGACAUUCUGAACUCAACCUCAAUCAUAAUCAAGUUAUAGCCAGGAAAUGUGUCGAUGGAUGAAUAACUAGAAACACAGACUGACUUAUACCUGUCAGAUUCUCACCAAAUGAUUCCACACAGAUUUGGAGAGAUCUGUGCUUUGAGCAAAUACAUUAUCACCAUGCUGCCUCUGCUUUUUUGCCUAAAAUCCUUCAAACUUCUCCUCCUGCCGGGACAUCUAACCCCCAUCCCCACAGCCACACCUUCAGCUUCAUCUGUAAAUCUCAACGUGUCGCCCUCCAAAUGUCACGAGCCACGUGCCAUCCCUAACGCCUCAUAUCCCCCGCAGACACACCCAACGUUGCCGAAUCUGUGUCAAUAUCUAAAGUGCCCUCAGUUUUGAAACAGGAGCAAGUCGUAGCCUGUGGGCCUUCCCCGGCACACAGCAAAGGGAUUAAUGAACACCCACCAACCCCCACCCCCCAUUCAGCAUCAAUCUAAACAACUGCCCCCCUCCCCCACCAUGUAUGGUUGCCCCCUCCCCCCCGCUCUGAAUGGUCCACAAACUGACCAAUGAAAGCCAAUGGAAUAAACAGCCUAGUGAAUGAGGACGGGAAGAGUGAGAUUUUCACUAUUUACAAACAUGGCCCAGGAACAAGAGGCUGAGAAGAGGAACAGGGGAUCGGGAGGGAUUCUCUCAUACGGUGGGGGUAGAAAUGAGGCAAGUAAGGCCAAAGCAGGAGAGCCCAGAGCAGGUUUAAAUAAUUGAAGCAGAGUGAUGGAUGCUGAACAAAACCCAGGGGCAAAUUAUUCAAGAGAAGGGGGCUCUAGAAAGAGGGAAAACCCAAGGGUGAGACCGUGUUCUGGCCUGGAACAGAUAGACGCUCCCCAAAUAUCCAGCACAAACUAACCCCACACUCACCCCCACCCUCAGCUACCCUCAACCCCAUUCCCUCCACCCUCAUUCCAACACUCACUUCCACCCCCACAUCCGCAUCUAUCCUCACACUAACAUCCAGCACUGCCUCCACCUCCAUCCACACCCUCACGCACCCACCCCUCCACCCCUUCCCCACUGCUCAAGUCAAGAAACACAUUAAAAACGAUUCACUAAAUGUGGGUACAUGAGAAAGGGGCUGGAGCUACCCCCAACCCCACACCCUCACCCAAUUCUGAUCCCAACAUCCGCCACCCUGAUCUGCUGCAGAUCCUCCUAAACAAACUAUCUCCUGGAAUCUGUUCCCAAUUAUUGAUCAAAUAUAUCUUGCACCAUCGAGUUUUCCAUCGCCAAUUCGAUGCUGAGUAUUAAGCCCAGCCAUUGUGAUGUGUUUGUUGUGUAUGAAGUGUCUGUUUAAUGUCUCUCAGUAAUUGUGGACUUUCAUAUUGUAUUUCUCAGCAAUUGUAAUGGUUUAA